AUGGAAUACACCUCUUACCGGACGAUCAAGAAGAACCCUGACCACUUGUACAACCUGCGCAAGAAGUCUGACGAAUCCCUUCGAGAUUACAUCAAGAGAUUCAAGGCGGAAAAGGCGAAUAUUGUAGGAUGUGACGACCGAAUCGCGUCCUCCGCUUUCAAGAAAGGUCUUCCAGCUGAGCACGACUUGUACCGCGAGCUGACUAUCACUCCCAGCCAGACUCUGGCAGAGGGCUACGCGACUGCGGAACGCUACGCGCUCUGGGAUGACGAUCGAAUCGCCGCAAAGAAGUCUACAAAGCAGGAAGAUCAGCCGACUAAACGGGCAAGCCAAAGAGGCGACAACAGGAGUAAGGACAAGCGCAGGUCGCACCUACGAGAGGAGGCUACGGCAGGAGAGAACUAUACCAAGUUCACCAUCCCCAUACAUCAAAUCUUAGCCCAAGUGAAGAACAAACCUUGGGUAAGAAGACCACCACCAUUGAAAGGAGAUCCGGACAAGAGGGACACUAGCAAAUACUGUGCCUUCCAUGGAACGCACGGACACACUACGAACAACUGCUUCGCUUGGAAAGCGCAUCUUGAAGAACUCGUGAGAGAAGGUCACUGCACAGAAUUCAUUGCGAAGCAGGCCAUCCAACGAAUUGAAGAUCGAGACACCGCCAAAGAGCUGCCUCAGAAGGUCAUAAGGAUUAACACCAUCCUAGCCGACUCCGAGGAGUCUGGGCUGACCAGCAAGGAAAAGAAGAGGAAGAUCAAACAGGCCACUGGGAUCUCCCAAGUCUCGACCGACCUUCCACUAGCAGAGGACGAUCCUGUGAUCGGCUUUCAAAAGAAGGAUCUGAUCGGCCUCGACAUGCCACAUAACGACGCCCUUGUCAUCAGCAUUCAAAUCGCUCAGGCCAUGGUCGACCGAAUCCAUGCAGACGAGGGCAGCACAGCCAAUAUCCUGCAACUGACGGUCAUCCAACAGAUGGGCUUGGAGACAAAGAUCAACAAAUUAGCCAGAUCGCUGACUGGCUUUAAUGGUGCAACAACGGUUACCGUGGGCACGAUAGACCUCGACGUCUACUCCCCACCUGUAAUAAGCUUGCAAACAUUCAUGGUCAUUGAUGAGGUCUCACCCUACAACGGCAUCCUGGGCAGACCAUGGAUUGGCAAGAUCAAUGCCAUCACCUCCGCCACGCAUCAGAAGAUUCGAUACCCAAUCCCUGGGGGCGGUGUCGGCCAAAUCAGCAGCGAUCAAGCAAUGGCGAGGAAAUGCUCCGCCCAAGGGCUAAAGAAAGGCAAACAAGCGCAGUUUCUCCCCGUGAGCCAGCAAUCAAAGCGUCAGGACCAAAUCGAGGAGAUCCCUCCAGAGGUCUCUCCAGAAGAAGGAUGGAAACCCGAGGAGGACGUCGAGUUAAUACCCUUGGAUCCUGACCAGCCAGACAGGAAGGCGCGGAUCGGCUCGCGCUUAAGCCCAGAAAAGAAGGUGGAGCUUACCACAUUCCUUCAGAGCAACAAAGACAUGUUCGCAUGGUCGCCAUCAGACAUGCCUGGCAUCGACCCGAACAUCAUCUGUCACCGACUCCACGUCAACCCCGCAUGCAAGCCAGUGGCGUAG